AUGGCAGGAUUCUGGAGCUUCCCAGAUGAUGUCGUUUGUAGGAUUAUUAGCUUACAUGGUGCAACUGAGCUUCUGAUUAUACAAUCUCUGAAACCAACAAACAACACGAAACCAGCUGAGCUGAUAUCUUACCUGACAUUCCUUCAAAACUGUGUACUCCAACCAACAGAUUUCCUCUACUCGAUAGAAGUACUUGAGUUGAAUCUGGAACACUUCAAUAAAUCCACACGGUUAUUAGCAUGUCCACAGCUAUCCACAUGCAUCAACAAAAUGCCUGUACUGCAAAAGUUCACUCUCACACUCGACGCGCUCAUCGAGACUGAAAAUACACAUCUCCUGAUUGGUAGGUCAGACGGUGCGACAGAGCUAACGAUAAACAUAGACCACAUGACACAUCUCAAAGCCGCGAUGCUAGCCAUUGCGAUAUGCGACAAAUACUUCCGUAUCAAAUUACUCCGCAUCCAUCGACCAUCAUUGGUCGAUAUGCCUGGAUUCGAUUUGAUAACGCAGGAGCACUUCAUUGCAAUUCUCAACGCGCUGGACAGCUGCUACAUGCGUAAACCGAACAUGAUAAUUUUCAAGAAUUACGAACUGGUAAAUGGCUCAAUCACCACCGAUACACCACUAAAUUUGAUACACACAUACAUUACGUACAUUUGGUAA